AUGUAAUUUUUGCCUGAUUAAUAUUAUUAUUCUUAUACAACUUAUGGGAUUUUAUAGUUAAAUGUAAAGAUGGGUAUGAAUUAACAAGGGGAUUGCUUUGUUCAAGAUAAUGUAGCAGUGAAUGUUUAAAUUGUGAAAAGGCUUUUGAAAACUUCAUCUGCAAGUAAUGCCCUUUAAAUUACUACAGAAAUCCUAUAAAGGCUUAAUUUGAUGGGCAAUGCCUAAAUUGCUCUAAUCUAUGCUAUUAUUAUCAAAAAAGAAAUUAGAAUGAAAUAACAGUAAUUUCUUAAAAUAUAUUAGGCUAUGUAAUCAGAUUUUUAGCUUCAGGAAUCCAACGCAAAAUUUACAAUGAAAUGUCUAGCUCCACUUGAUGAACCUAAUUUAGGCAUUGAUAUUCAAUUUUACAAUGCCAAAUACUGCUUUAACAAAAGUUGCUACAAUAAGUUUUCAACUUCCUACUGUUUUGAUUCUUGUGCUUAACUAAUGUAUCAACCAGAUAUUCUAGACGAUGGUACAAUUGUUGAAUAUUGCAACUAAAUUGGGGUAGAUUAAUUGAUAAUUAAUUAUGUUUUUGCAAUUCCUGAUUAUUCUGUCCUUUUGCCUAUAUAUAACAUAACCUAUUAUUACGUAGAAUGUAUUCAAGAAAAAAAUAUUUUCUAUAAAGUAAACAAAUAUGAGAUUUUUUUCACUUGA